CUGGCCGCAUGGUUGCCAUGGCAACAGAGACAGGCUGUAACCUGGGUUCCGGAAGCAGAAAGCCUGAGCGUGGAAACUGCCCGGUCAAAGGAUGCUGAGUCCUGAGCGCCUAGCUCUACCGGACUACGAGUAUCUGGCUCAGAGACAUGUUCUUACAUACAUGGAGGAUGCAGUGUGCCAGCUGCUGGAGAACAGAGAGGAUAUUAGCCAGUAUGGCAUUGCCCGGUUCUUCACUGAAUAUUUUAACAGUGUAUGCCAAGGAACUCACAUUCUCUUCCGGGAAUUCAGCUUCAUACAAGCCACACCUCACAACAGGGCAUCAUUUUUACGGGCCUUCUGGAGAUGCUUUCGAACCGUAGGCAAAAAUGGUGAUCUGCUGACCAUGAGAGAGUACCACUGUCUGCUGCAGUUACUGUGCCCAGAUUUCCCGCUGGAGCUCACUCAGAAAGCAGCUAGGAUCGUGCUCAUGGAUGACGCCAUGGACUGCUUGAUGUCGUUUUCAGAUUUCCUUUUUGCCUUCCAGAUCCAGUUUUAUUAUUCAGAAUUUCUGGAGAGCGUGGCUGCCAUCUAUCAGGACUUGCUGUCAGGGAAGAAUCCCAACACGGUGAUUGUGCCGACGUCAUCCAGUGGGCAGCACCGCCAGCGACCUGCCUUGGGCGACGCCGGUAUGCUAGAUGGAGUGGAGGCGUCACUGUUCUAUCAACGCCUGGAAAACCUGUGUGACCGGCACAAGUACAGCUGCCCGCCCCCAGCGCUUGUCAAAGAGAUCCUGAGCAAUGUCCAGAGGCUGACUUUCUAUGGAUUCCUUGUGGCCCUCUCAAAGCAUCAUGGCAUCAACCAAGCCCUGGGAGCCUUGCCUGACAAAGGAGACCUGAUGCAUGACCCAGCCAUGGAUGAGGAGCUGGAACGGCUGCUGGUCCAGGUCCCAGGCCUGGUCAACUCCAUCACUGCCACUUCUGAGGCCAGCUGCCUGCCCUUCCGAACCCCUUCCCGGGUUGGUUCCCCAUGGAAACCCCUCCAUCGCUCCCGCAAAUUGGAUGCAGAGAGCGAUGGCUCCACUGAAGAGACAGAUGAGUCUGAGACUUGAAUCUGAAGGGUCCCAUCUGUGGCCUAUACCUUGCUCCCACCCUGCUUUUGCUGCCCUCACCAGACUUCUCCAGCAUCACUGUGCCGCCCUCUGCUGGAGAGAAGGGUGAAUAACAGCCCCAGUAAGACCACCCAGUUCCCAGAAGUCCCCCAACUCAUACUCGCAGACAAGCGGUCGGGCCCUAAGCUGACAUAUGUCCCAAGGCACUCAUCACAGGGAAGGGUAUUGGCUUUAGCCUUUUGUUGGCAGUGCUGCUUAUGCUUUACGUACAAUGUCUCCUCAGCCAGCCCAUGAUCCUCUUAGUAAGGGUCAGCUUUCACAAACAGCUCCUAUAAGGGGAACACGAAUUAGCAAUGCAGGGUCUUUGUAGUCAAGGGUUGAUCCUGAAAGCAUGUGCUGGGAAAACAUAAUACGCUGGAAUAGGAGGGUGGACGGGCAAGAAUUUUACUUGCAAAAUCUGCUUCCAGUUUGUAUCAAAUAGUCAAAUCUGAAAUGAAUAAAGUCCCUUGUGUCUGGUAA